AUGUCUUCCCGCGACGAUGCGUCUCACGGCGCAUCACCUCCCUCUUACGAACCUCAAUCUUCCACUACCGGCGCACCCCCGACUUUCGCCAGCUUCUCUCCCGUAACCCUCUCUGCGAAUACACCCUCGCGAUCCUCUCGUCGAUCCACUAUCCUCGUCCACCAAAAGAGUCCCCUGCUCCUCGCUACUCCUCCUCAGAUCACCCGCGCCCUUGCAUAUAGCCACCCGUUCCUCCUACCCUUAAAUACACUUGCAGGACUCCUUACUUGGAGUACCGGAGAUCCUUGGCAAAGCUUCUUAUUAUUGAGCUUCUUCUGGGCGGUUGUUCUGUAUGGCGAUAUAGUAAUAACGUGGGCCGGCCCUGUCCUGGUCGGAGUAGCCCUCAUAGUCGGCAUGUACGGCCGGAGAUACAGUCCCCUCAGUAGUAGCGGGUGGACUGAGUCCCGGAGUCAGAAUGCUGGUCCCAAGGGAACAAACCAGAAUACCGGCGAGAGCAGCCAACAAAACGGAAAGGCACACUCCAGCGAAAAAAAGUCCAAACAUGAAAGGGGAAAUUCCGAGGUCACAAACACGAAACAUCAAAAGACACUCGACGAAAUCGUCGAAACCCUCAAGCAGCUUACAGGGAGAUGCAACGUGCUUAUGGAGCCUUUGCUUGAUAUGACGGAUUUCCUAAGCACUCAGACGACCCCAACCAGUGCCACCACUCGACCAGCGCUGACAGUCAUCUUCAUGCGACUGCUUAUUAUCACGCCUAUUUGGAUUGCGCUUACUGUUCCGCCGUGGAGAGUCGUCACUACAAGACGUGUAAUACUAGUGGCUGGAACCAUCAUCUUGACUUGGCAUGCAAGGGUUCUCCGAGUAUCACGGGCCAUUCUCUGGAGAAGCUCCACAGUUCGGAGACUCGCUGCCGGCAUCACCGGUCUCCAGUUUGACACCCCCGAACAACCCCUCCGAAAGGACUUGGCCAACGCAGCCAAGAAGGGCCCUGAUCGUGUCGCUCAGCAUCAAGAGUCGGAACUUACCAAGGCUCUUGGGAAGACUGCGGGUGUCAAAUUCACCUUCAUCAUAUACGAGAACCAAAGACGAUGGAUUGGUUUGGGGUGGACUAAUAAUCUGUUCGCAUAUGAACGAGCUGCAUGGACAGAUGAUCAUAACAACUCUGUGCCUGCCAAGGAUGAUUUCGAACUACCUGACGUCUCAGACGGAAGCCGCAUGGAGUGGAGAUGGGUUCCUGGAAGUCGCUGGCGUGUUGACGGCGUAGCAGACGACCAUGGCCCGGUAGACUAUGAUGGCAAAGAGGGGCAGAACGGGUGGAUAUUCUAUGACAACAAGUGGCAAUACGGGCAACGAGGUUCCGAUGGCUGGGGUCGAUGGACAAGAAGGAGAAAGUGGUAUCGCGAUGCAGAGCUUGUCGAAGUCGAUCAGAAGAAUGACUCCAAGGAGCCCGAGAAAGAGAACAAGGACUCGCCAGCGGUAGCGAAAUUACGAUCUCAACCAUACAACUCUAGUAACGAGACGAUGGUAGCAACAAGAAGCGGUACCGACAACACACAAGCCGAGGACCUCAGUAACGAUGACGCGAGCUCCAAAGCGGCAGACGAUUCAUUAUCAGUACAUUCGACAUCAGUUCAGUCGACAUCCUCAAAGUCUUUCCUACGAUCCCCUUUUAUGCGAAAACGGGCUCCAGGAGCGGACAAUAAAGAGCGUGCCAGAAGGGACAGUAGAGCUAGUAGGACGAGCAGUUUGUACAACGAUGAUGACGCCAGCGCGCUCAGUGCGGAGUUAGCUUUGGAGAUUCAGAAACAAGGUAGGCCUGGAGGACAAUGGGGUAUUGGCGACGAGGCACGAAUGGGUCUUGAGUAA